AUGUAUGGCCCACCCGAGUUCAAGCGUAUGAUACAGUUUAUCUGGGACCCGGAGCCCCAAAAUACUGAUCACGACCACGAGAUUGUUUGCCUGGGACAACACUACAGCCCGUUGAGCAAAACACAAGCAUCUACAUUACCAACACCCUCAAAUACUGCGAUAUGUAGUGACGGCGAGACCCUGAGUAACGAAACACAAAGUUCCAAUAAUGAAAAAAAUAUUAUAAAUGACGUUGCCACCAGCAAACAAGAAUCUGUUGAUGUUGCUACUGUUGCUGCUUCUUCUAAUACCAUUACUGCAGCUGACACUGUAUCUACUUCUACACCAACAACUUCUUCAACUAACUUAGACUUGCAGCCACUCCCCCCCACAGAAUGGCCUUCCGACUUUUUAGAUGAUUCCGGAUCAAGGAUAUGGCUUACUUACCGCACUAGUUUCCCUCUUAUUCCAAAGUCGCGCAACGGCCCAUCACCAGUAUCCAUCGGAGGGAUAUUUAGAGGCUCCGGCAUUGACCUCAAUGGGUUCACGUCUGAUGUGGGCUGGGGAUGCAUGAUUCGCACCAGUCAGUCCUUGUUAGCCAACUGUUUAUUACUCUUGGAGCUUGGUCGUGAUUGGCGGCGACCCAACACUCCUGAAACACUUGACCCUAAUGAGGUCCGCAUUAUUUCGCUGUUUGCCGAUGACCCGGCAUGCCCCUUUUCCAUCCAUAAUUUCGUGAGGCAUGGCGAGGCUGCAUGUGGAAAAAGACCAGGUGAAUGGUUUGGUCCAUCAGCGGCGGCCAGCAGCAUAAAAGCUUUGGCUCAGCAGUACCGCUCCAACAAGAAUAAUAAGGUUACUACUGCUGAGGACAAGGUAGAGGAGGAAGAACAGCUACCUGGAAGAAAUAAAGAAAAACAACUCCGAGUGUUUAUAUCCAGUGGCUCUGACGUUUACGAAAAGCCAUUUUUACAAACUGCAUAUGAUGAAAAAACAAAGACUUUUCACCCAACUUUAAUCCUUCUUGGUCUGCGACUUGGGAUUGAUAAAGUUAACAAGGUUUACUGGGAAAGUGUAAAAGCCAUUUUGGAAUGCCCUCAUGCCGUUGGCAUUGCUGGAGGACGGCCCUCAUCGUCACACUACUUUUAUGGGUACCAAGGCAAUAAUCUUUUUUAUCUGGAUCCACAUUUCCCUAAGCCAGCUCUUGUUCCUUCUAAAUUGACGUGCGAAGCUAUUGACACUGUACAUUCGAAACGUAUUCGAUUGCUAAAUUUAAGUGAAAUGGAUCCGAGUAUGCUAGUGGGUGUUCUAAUAAAGAAUAGAAAUGAUUGGGAAGAAUGGAAAAGGCAUGUGAAAAACUCUCCGCAACAAGCCAUAAUUCACAUUUCUCCCCACCCAGUAGAUUUGCGACGUCAAUCCGUGUCUGUGUCAAACGAUGAUGAUGGAGAGUUUAUUGAUGUUAUGUUGGAGCCUGAAGAGGAAGAGGAAGGAGAUGCCUUAAUUGAAGGUGACAGUAAGGAGAUUUUUUUGGAUUCUGAAAAUACUGAUGCUGCCGCUACUGCCAAAGUUGCUGUGACCACCCAAGAUGAAGUAAUAGAUGAAACGACUCAUGACAGAGACACUAGUGGUGAGUUGCUAGAAUCCAAUGAUGAACCUGUGGUCGUUUUACCACAAUCUUUAGACAUUCCUAACACUAUUUCUUCUUCUGUUUUGAUUAGUGUUGAAAAGAUUUACAACGAUGAUGCAAAAGACUUACAAUCUAAGGAAGUCAGGACGCCAAUAAAUAGCGAUACAUCUUCUGUGUUUCUUAGACCAAAGUUUCAAGAUUCUGAUUACGAGUAUUGUCGGCGAGAGGAAGAACCGGUGGUAGUUGUAGUAAAGAAUAAUGAGGGUUUCCCCACGAUUUCUCGAGACUGCACAACCAAAGGCGGGAGUAACAACAAUGAUGAUAACGACACUAAUUGUGGAAAAGAGAAAAGAGAUGAUAUUGACCAUGAUCAUGUGGAUAACAGUUUCCAUGAUGUUGGGAAAGAAGAUGUGGAAGCAAUACAGCCUACAGGCACUUACCAGUUUACUGAAAAGGACGAAGAAGGGUUUCAAAAAUUGACGGUUUCAUUGGGUCGUGAAAGUAUACAUGAAGAAGCCGAUGAGGUUGAUAUUCAAAGCAUAGACGAUACAUUGACGCAAUCCAUUGUGACAGCCAUUGCCAUAAAGCCCACGCUGGCUACUGCCUCUGUUACCACGGAUUCAGCAUUAGCAUCAUCGCCAAAAGAUGAAAAAGAAGUAACAGCAGCUUCUACGAAGACAACGAUGACAACAACAACAGCAUUGGCAAUUCCAAUUCCAGGAGGAGGACCAUUAAUACACUCUGGGAUGCUCGGAAUGGAUGGGACAACGAAUAACACUCCUAAAGAAGGAACAUAUGGUGGGGAUUUUUUGGAGCCUAGCUCACACAGUAGCAUUGAACAUGUUGGAAUACCAACGUCCUAUCCAUCUGGUGUGGUGAUGGGUGCUGCUGUAUCUAGUUUAUCGUCAACAACAUCAUCUGAAGCUGUAGUUCUUGGGCCUUCAUCGGUGUCAUCCUCAUCUAUUUUCAUUGAUGAUGGAUAUCACAAGGUUUUUGCACCAAGCUCUGUGACAUCAACGUUUUCCAUGUCUGCGUAUAUGGUUGAACGACCUGCGGUAGGUGAGGAGGAAGAUGACCGGGGGUUGGUAGAUGUUAGCAACCGAUCUUUACUUCAGCAAAGACCACAGGGUCCUGUUCCAAUGCUUUCGACGUCGUCCUCGACGGUUUCUAUUUCUGGGCUGGCUCAGUUAUCCAAGAAUGGGAUGCCUGGAUUUCAGACUGUUGAUUCUGCAUCGGUGCGGAGAGAUGGCAUGCGACAUGGAUAUGACGACUGGGAGUACACUUAA